CCGCCCCGUCCCGGCACAGCAGCUCCCGGCAGAGGGACCCGGGGAGCGGCCGGGGGUCCCUGGUCGGGCCGCACCGCCCCCGGGCGGGGCCGGGAUCGGGUUUCACAUCCUGCCCCGAUCGCGGGCAGAGCGGCCAUGGCGGAGAGAAUUCCCCGUCCUGUGAAGAGGAGGUGAAGAAUGGAGUGGGAAUGAGCAGCAGUUCAAGCUCUUCCUGUCCCUUUGGAGUGUUCUCUGUGUGGCUCUGGGGAGUGAUUUCAGGACCCAAAUCAGUCCAAGCCUGGUGUGCUGCACUUAGCACCAGAGGGAUGAUGGAGAAACAUGAAGCUCGGACUGGGUGGAGAUCAUCGAGCCCCGCUCCCAGGAGCGGAUGUAUGUGAACCUGACCACUGGUGAGUGCAGCUGGGAGCCCCCUCCCAACCUGAAGGUGCGCCAGUCAGACCAGAAGCAGUGGUGGGAACUCUUCGACCAGAACAACAGCCGCUUCUACUACUACAAUGCCAUCACGCAGCAGACAGUGUGGCACCGGCCCCAGGGCUGUGACAUUGUGCCCUUAGCACAGCUCCAGGCCAUGAAGGGCAGCUCCCAGCCUGACUGCUGUGGCCAGGAGCACCGAGGCAGCACUAGCAGCGGUGGCAGAAGCACUCCGAUCCAAAUGACUGUCCUGCAGGAGGUGGAGAAGAGGAAAGAUCCUGCCAGGGAGACUCCUACCCACUGGCAGCCUCUGCCAGGCACAAAAGCAGCCAUGUUGGUCAAAGUGAACAGUUUGAGGCAGAUGCAGAGCUUUUCAAGCAGUUCUCUUCAGCUGCAGGGUACUCCAAAGCCCAACAGCCCAAAAUCUCUUCCCAAACUAGCUACAUAUGCUCAGCCUCAAUCCACAUCCCAGAGCCCUGGAGCCACAAAGCAAUUGCCUGCUGGAGAAACAAAGCAGUCUAUGCAGAUCAAAAAGACAGAGAGUGGUGGGUUUUGCCUGGUGCUGAUGAAUGGUCCUACUUGUCAAACACCUCCAAGGAGCCAGACAGGAACCCCCCAGCCUGCAUCCCCCACAUAUGCCUCUCCUGCACCUAUAUACGAUGAACCAUCUUUAGAGUUGCCAAUUUAUGACGAACCACCAGUAGAUAUGGACACUGAAAGCAUUUGUGUGAGUGGGAUGUCUCUACGAAGGUCACCAAGCAAUAGCCUAAAAAAGCAGCUGCAACCAACCAAAUUAUUGCAGCAUCCCAAUAUGCAACAACAACAAGCUGCAAAGAAGCACACAAGAAAUCCUUCUUCCACUGAAUACAGCCCAGCUGGCAGAGAAUACAUAAAACAUAUGGUGAACAUUGACCAAUCUGCCAAACUCUCCCACUCUUCUGCUGCAACAACUAAUACCUCCACUAAACUGCCUGGUCAGCUUGCUUCAAAGGACAGCUUCAAGCAGUCUUGGAGGGUCUUGGAAGCCAAUGUCCUCAAGAACAUGGAAUUCCACCACAGUCGGCAAAACAGCCUGCAGAUUCAGGAGUACUCAACCGGUAUAAGCCAUCAGGAUUCUGGUUAUUCAACUGGCCCUUCUCCAAGCUUGAGGAAAAGGAAAGGAAGGAGGCAAGGAACAGGUCAAACAAGACCUGGCUCUGUGGGCAGCAGCAGUGAGCUCACAGCUCUGAAUGACAGAGUAAUCGCUGAGAUGCGUGCUGUGGUGGGCAGGUCAGCAGCUUGCAGGGGAAGCAAAGCCAGCCUGGAUGCUGAGAGCCUGGAGAACGGUGUCCCAGCAGAGAGCAGCAAGGUCAGGUUUCAGUCUGACCACUUGAAAAAAUGCAUCAGCCGGAGCUCCAGCGGUGAUGUCUCAGCCAGCAACAGGUCUCUGUACAGGCAGGACCUGGAGAUUAGGGAAGCCUUUCCCAUCAGUGUGGCUGCCACACAGGACACAAUGAGGCAGAAGAGAACUUUUGAGAAAAUAGAUUCUUUAGAAAAGAACUUGACCAGCCAGACAAACUUGGCUUCAUCAGGCGCUGCAUGCCAUUCCUCACAGCCUGAGACCAUAGAGCUAGAGCCCAAACAGGAGGGCAGCAGCCAGCCUGGUGGCUGUGUGGGAUGCCAUUUCCCUUACAACACCCUACGGAAGCCCAUCUCCCAGAGCAGCAUGGCAGAUUGGGCUUCCAAAAACCUGAACAUGCACACACAAGGCAUUUUCCGACGAAGGCUCUCCAUCUCCAACAUGCUGUCCUGGAAUGGUGGCUCCAUCAAAAAGCCAAUGCUCAUCACUAGCAACCGGACCAUCAAAAAAGAGGCAUGUGAGAUGUUCAAACUGGUGCAGAGUUACAUGGGAGAUCGUCAGACUCGUAUGGACCGCAAUCACGUGGCGUUGGUCACGGUCACCAAGUGCUGGAGCACACAAGGGUUGCGGGAUGAGCUCUACAUACAGUUGAUCCGGCAGACAACAGAUAACACGUGCUACCAAAGCCUGGCAUGGGGCUGGGAACUGAUGGCCAUCAGUCUGGCCUUUUUCUCUCCAUCACCCAAAUUUCAGUCUUACCUGGAAGGUUACAUUUAUCGCCACCUUGACAGUGAUGAAAAGAUUGCCCGGCACAUCAAGGAUCUGAAAAACAAGAAGAUCACAAAAUCCAGGAAAAAGAGGAAACAAAACACAGAGGAUGAAGGUCUGCCCAUUAGCACCUAUGCCAAGUACUGCUACCGGAAGCUCCAGAAAGUAGCCGUCACUGGAGGCAAAAAGGGCCUCCGAAAACCAACAGUGGAAGAGAUAACACAUGCCAGAAAUGCCAUCCUCACACCAUCGCUCUUCGGCAGCUCCCUGGAGGAAAUCAUGCAGCGGCAGCAGGACAUGUACCCAGGGAACAAGCUGCCCUGGGUGCAGACACAGCUAUCACAGCAGGUCCUUGCCCUGGGAGGGGAACAGACUGAGGGCAUUUUCAGGAUACCUGGUGACAUAGAUGAAGUCAAUGCAUUGAAAUUGCAGGUGGAUCAGUGGAAAAUCCCAAACAGUCUCAGUGACCCCAACAUACCAGCCUCUCUCCUCAAGCUCUGGUAUCGGGAACUGGAGGAGCCUGUGAUCCCACAGCAGUUCUACAAAGAGUGCAUCAGCAACUAUGAGAACCCUGAUGCUGCCGUGGCUGUGGUGCAGCUUUUGCCGGAGCUCAACAGACUGGUGCUGUGUUAUCUCAUACACUUCCUGCAGAUCUUUGCUCAGCCAUCAAAUGUGGGCAGAACCAAGAUGGAUGUGAAUAACCUGGCCAUGGUGAUGGCCCCCAACUGCCUGCGCUGCCAGUCCGAUGACCCUCGCAUUAUCUUUGAGAACACGCGCAAAGAAAUGUCUUUUCUACGCAUGCUGAUAGUGCACUUGGACACAAGCUUCGUUAAAGGGCUGGUUUGAGCCACUGGCCUCUGGGAGCAAAACAUUGCUCUGGGGAGUUGCUGAAUACCUUUAGUCUUCUCAUCUUCAUGUAGGUUUCUUCCAUUGUCCUUGCUGUUGUCACGCCCUGGGUUAGCCCUUAAGCAUCUCCCAAUAUAUGACCAUGAGAAUUGGACAUUUCUGGAAGGCUUGGUUCUAUUAGUACCUGGAAAUCCUUGGGCAUGCCAGGUCAGGUUUAGCAGUUCCCGGCCUUUCAGUGUUUAUCAGAGAGGGACAAUCCUCUUCCUGAGAGCCACAAGAUUGGUUGCUCAGUCAAAGGGCUGUGACGUGUGAGGAACUGCUACAUGGGGUAGUGAGACUCUCCAUUUCCCUUCUGGAGGCAGAGUUGGCUUCAGGUAGGAGAAGAGCCCUCCUGUGCUGUGGCAUGAGCUGGUCCUAGGAAAGAUGCUGCCUCAUCAGGAAUAAUCCUACUACUAUGGGGGCAGCCUGGUUCACCUCUGCAGACUGUUGGCUGGAGGUGUCAGGGUUGUUCUGACAUCCCACAGUGCUGUUGGUAGAGGGCUAUGAAGGUGUGGAGGUUCAAGAGCUAUAGAGCUGUGCAGCAGCAUGUGAGACCAGCCCUGUGCUGAGUACCCACCCACACCAUGGUGCUAGGCACAACAGGAAGGCCACACACCUGACAACAAACAGGUAAACAGUCACUUUAGCAUCCUCUUAAUGGAGACCAUAUCUUCUGGAGCAGUGACCACAGUGGCCUUGCAGCUUCUUUUUGCUAUAGACAGCAUGAGCUGACACCAGCUUUGCUGAGGAGCACCUGAGCCCAUGCUCAGAGCAGCCUUCACAGCUCCACCUCCCUUCCUCCAGCUCCACAUCCUUCCCAGAUCAUUCUGACAGGAAUACCAGUUUAACCCACCCUUCUGGCUCAGCCCAGGUCUAAAGAAAGCCCCCAGCAGUCAGAAGUGCUCCUGUGCUCAGGUACACCCUUCCAGGCAGAGCAGCAGCAGUCCUGGGUGCUUGAGAAAUGCUGGUACUGCCUGUAUGACUGUGGUACCUAUGCUCUUCCUUUGAGGUGUUUUCCUUGCUGGAGGCAGGUCUGCUGCAAAAAGGUAUGUUUUAGGAUUAUUCAUGCAGUGCUAAGUCUGUCAUUAUCAUGCAAGGUUGCAUUUGUGUUUCUGCAUCCCCCUCCCUUUCCAGUGGGGACCUGGGAUCAUCCUCUAGAGACUGCAGUGGGGACCUGACCCCUGCCAACAGUGAGGUUUAGAGCUGAUGCCUGAAUCAGUACCAUUGUGGGCAUGAGGUACCAUGUGCAAAGAAUGCCCUAAGCCUGUUGCCUUGCUUAGGGCUCUGUCUGAGAGGGUUCCCAGAGCCUACGUUCAGAUGAUUUUGAAUAAACUCCAGAGCAGGAAUUCAGUUUGUGCCCAGCUGAAUAACGGUUCCUCGUACAGAUGAUUCUGUGGUCCUGUGGGCCAGGAAAUCUUGCUCCCUUGUCAAGAUUAGCUCUGUCAAACUUGCCCAAGAAAUCUGUUUCCUGUACACACCCAUCUCCAUGUUUUGAUUCCACUCAGCUUGCUCUGUCCUUCUGCAGUGCUGAACAACUUGUUCUUCAGAUAUGGAGCUACUGCUUGAGAAGUGCAGAGAUAGGCAGAGGUUAUGAGGUCUGACAUGCUGUCCUGAGAUUUGAAUCGCUGAACAGGGCUGUCCUGUUCCCUGCCAAGGGCUGGAGCAGCCAUGUGGCACCUGCCCUCCUCUUUGGGCUGCAGGUGCCUGUGUCUGUGUCAGGCUUUGCCUGCAGCCACUGCGUAGGUGAUCCAUGUUACUCCUUUCACUCAGCUUGGCAGUCAGUCAAGCCAUAGGCACUUGCUGCUAAUAAAAGUGAAUGCUUCUGGCCAGGGUUGUAAAACAUGCUCAUAAAGGACACUGGAUGUUAUUGUCUUUGCCAACAGAAUUGUAAAUACCAAUCAGUAAAGUAGCCUUUCCUCUGUUCUAAUAGUAAUAAAUACAAUCUCCAUGG